GCCCCGGCAAGCCCGUGCUGAUCCCCCCCUCCGAGCACCAUGGGUGUCGCAAAGAAGCAGGUGAAGAAGCAGGUGAAGUCCACCCCUAAGAAGGUGGCGGACCCCCUUUUCCCCGCGAGGAAGAAGUCCUUCCGCAUCGGCCGCGACAUCCAGCCCAAGGUGGACCUUUCCCGGUUCGUCAAGUGGCCGAGGUACAUCCGCCUUCAGCGUCAGCGCAAGAUCCUGGUGCAGCGCCUGAAGGUGCCCCCGAGCAUCAACCAGUUCAGCAAGGCCAUCGACAAGAACCAGGCCACCGAGCUCCUGAAGGUGCUGAUGAAGUACCAGCCGGAGGACAAGAAGGCCAAGCAGCAGCGCCUCAAGGAGAUCGCCGCCGCUAAGGAGGCCGGCAAGGAGCCCGCCCCCUCGAAGGCACCCAAGGUGAUCAAGUUUGGACUCAAGCACGUGACCACCCUCAUCGAGGAGCAGAAGGCGUCCCUUGUCGUGAUCGCGCACGACGUGAACCCGAUCGAGCUGGUGGUGUGGCUUCCCGCUCUCUGCAGGAAGAUGGGCAUCCCCUACUGCAUCAUGAAGGGCAAGGCUCGCCUCGGUACCCUUGUGCACCAGAAAAAUGCUGCCGUCAUCUGCCUGACGACCGUCAACAAGGAGGACGAGUCCAAGCUCUCCAACCUCAAGUCGAACUUCAACGCGCAGUUCAACGAGGGCUUCGUCAGGAAGUGGGGCGGCGGCGUCAUGGGCCUCAAGACCCAGCGCAAGCUGGAGAAGAGGCAGAAGGCCAUCGAGGCCGAGCUUGCCAAGAAGGCUCAGUACUAAGAUCGACCCUCUUCUGGCUGGGACUGGUUUUUGAUGCCAUGAGUAUUGGUUUUUUCUCAUUGUCCGAUUUGGCUCCUCUAUGAUGUUUCCCUUGAUCCCAACAAGAGCGGAGGGCGAUGGGGUGCAUCAUGCGGGGAGUUCAUGGACUUCCUUGGAUACAAACAGGGCGUUGGUCGAAUGUGGGAAGGGGAGCGGUUGCUCGAGGCGACGUGAUUCGGCGCGCACGUGGGGCUUGGAUGGGGCUGAAAAAUAAUUUUGUCAAAACACGAAUUGCUUGUGGGUGCUCACCACCACAGCCGCUUGCGGCGGCAGAGCACAUGUUGUCCGGUUGCAACACCAAACCGUCCUUUUCCUAGCACAGCGGAGGCAAUCUGAGGUGUUUUCACGAAGUAUGAUGCAGUCUACUACCCAUUAGAGCCCACGAUAAUGAGCCGCCUGAUUGCGUUGCCCGGCAACGAAAUAGGCUCAAUGCGUCAAAAAAAUUACGUCCGUGAGAGCCUUGUGAUGAUUUUUCUUACAUGUGUGCCACACUCCCAGCCUCAUACAACUUGUACCACAUACGGAUUUGCCAUAACAAGGAACUUGCGUCUUCGACCCCGAUACGCUCUCCGAAGAGAUCUCAUCGUUUCUUGAAAUUGUCCCACGUUUUCGU